AUGAUGAAGUAUCGCCCAGCCUCUACAUCAUUACAAAAAUAUCAACCGACAAAAAAAGUGGCGACGACAACAGAACUAGGCGGCAAAAGUGUUAAAAACGCUUUUAAAGCAAUUAACAUUGGAUCAUAUCAAGAGAUUUUUCCAUCAUUUUAUCCGCUGCAAAUGAUGGAUCGGAGUGGUCUUGACCAAAUGACGGACACGUCAGGUUUGUGCCUACAAGACUUGGUAGGCACGACAAAUAAUGCAACAUCCAAUGGAAAUAUACCAACAAGUCAAUCUAACUCUAAUGAUCACCUGCAUAAUCAUCACCAUCAUCACAAUCUUCAUGAUGGAACUGCAGUCAGUGUGUCAUCAGCAAUUUCCAAUUUGAUGUCACCAACGAGUGUUGGUUCAAUCGGCAGUGGAUUGACAACAGGAUUGAGUCAUUUGCAUCAUAGCUCGCAUCCCGAUUUGACAGGUCAUCAUCAUCACCAUCACAUCACUUCACCUCAUACGCCAAGCGUUCUACACGAGCCGCUAGAGAAAUUAAAAUUAUGGGCAGAGACUGGAGAGUUUCGCGAAAGUAACCACAACACAAUGGCAUCUGUGACAAAUAUGGACCAUUCACAAAUGAACUUUCAAGCACCAGCCGGUCGUAAUCGUAAUCGAGAUCGUAAAUCCGAUGCAUCACGUUUGAACGACACACAAGUUAAGCAAGAAAACGCCGAUGAGUCAAUCACAACUGAUGAUCCGAAAAAUGAUAAGAAGAAUAAACGUCAACGACGUCAAAGAACUCACUUUACAUCGCAACAAUUGCAUGAGUUAGAACAGACGUUUAGUCGUAAUCGAUAUCCGGACAUGAGUACGCGAGAAGAGAUUGCCAUGUGGACAAAUUUGACAGAAGCUCGUGUUAGGGUUUGGUUUAAGAAUCGACGAGCAAAGUGGCGUAAGCGUGAAAGAAACCAGAUGAAUGCUUUGGCAACUGCUGCUGACUUUAAGAAUGGCUUUGGAACUCAAUUCGUUCAGCCAUUCCCCGAUACUGAUGCUUUGUAUUCUUCUUAUUCGCAUUACAAUAACUGGGCAGCAAAAGUUCCAUCUCCGUUAGCAGGUACAAAAACAUUUCCCUGGCCCGUUAACCCGCUGGGCUCUGUAGUCUCAACAAAUCAUCACCAAAACUCAAUAAAUUGCUUCAACACGGCUUCAUCGUCGGUGGCAAGUAUGAGUACAACAAUGUUACCCGGUACAAUGGGCUCGAGCUUAUCAGGAUCAGGGACGACAGGGGGAGUUGGAGCGCCAUGUCCUUACACAACUCCAACAAAUCCGUACAUGUAUCAUCAUCGUACAACAGCUGAACCUGGCACUGCAAUGAGUUCAAGUAUCGCUACAUUGAGAUUAAAAGCUAAACAACAUUCAUCAGGCUUUUCAAGUCCUUACUCAACUCAAUCGUCAUCGAUAUCUCCAGUUUCACGUUCAAACUCUGGUGGACUUUCCGCAUGUCAAUACGCGGGCGUGACUGACACUGUUUGAGAAAACGCUCUCGUGGGCACGUUGUUAACUCAAACGUCCUCACUCAACAAUCUCUUAAGCAGUGAUCACGAUAUGAACUUUGACCAACGCGGUGUUCAUUCACAACAACAACAUGAUGGAUCCAAUGGAGCUCAUACAGCUAUCACCGAUGAUGAAGAUUGCACGUCAGCUCAUAAUGGCAAUGCAUCGAUAAACGAUGACAUUGCCGAUUAAUUAAAAUUUCUUUGGAUGAAAUAUUCCAAAAACACAAUUUAAAAGCAUUGUGCAUCGUGCAAUUUGUUCAUUCACAAACACCACACCCACGCACACUUUCGCG